UAUGUUGAUUUUUUUCUUAGCUCUAACAAUCAAUUGUUUACAAACUUCCUUAACAACUAAGUUAACUUAAUUAGGAGUAUCAAACAUGGGUAGAUCUAUAAUAUUAUUGUCUUAAUUGGAUUAAACAAACACCAAUGAACUAAUGCAAGCACUCAAUCAAAUAAAAAAUAAUAUUUUAGUAAUUAAUUACUUUAAAUAUUUAGGAUAAAAUUGAAUCAGAAACUAAGUCAUAUACAAUAUAUACAAAUAGACAAUAGAGUGAUAUUGAAUAUUAUGAACAUAGAAUAAAUGAUCUAUAAGUAGAAUUAGCAACAUUAUAAGUUGAAAUUAGAAGACUGGAUAGAUCUAUUACAUUUUAGGAAACAGAUAUUAUCUCUAAAAAGUAAGAAGUUUAGAAUAUGAUAAAUUCUAAAUAAUCAUUAAUUGAUUGGUAAAACAAAGAAGAUUAAAUAUAUACUAAUUAAUAAAAUUCCUAUAAUAAAGCUUUAAGUUCUAUUGAUACAGCAAUUGAUCUAUUAGAAAAAGGAAAAUGUAUAAAAUAUUAAAAUUUAAUUAGAAUCAAACUUUAUUGAAGAACAUUCUGAUACUUUUAGUGUGGUUGGUGAAGAAUUAUAAAAUAAUUUAGAACCAUAAUAUUAAUAAAUUGCAUUAACUUUUUCAUAAAUUUCAUAUGAAAAAUUUGCAGAUCAUGAUUUAAUUCGUAGAUCAACAAGAUUAUUAUAAAAACUUAGAGCAAGUAUUUCAGAUUAGAAGAUUAAAUUGUUAAAUACAUAAAAUUCUGAAAAAUCUCAGAAUGAUAUUGCUAUUAGAUUACAUGAAAAUAAGAUUCAAUAAGUAAAUAAUGAUUUAAUUAAAAUUUUAAUGGAAGAUCAUGAAGCUAUGUUACAAUAAUAUAAAUUAAAAAGAAGUCUCAUAGAUUAAAUCCAAUAAUCAAUUUAAAAUAGUCAAUAAUUAAUUAUUUAAUUGAAUAAUGAGAUUUAAUUGAGAUAAAAAAAUUAUAAGCAAUUAAUUAGUGAAUAUUAACAAGAAAUUUAAAUAAUAAAUGAUUGCGUAUAAUAAAUUUAAAAUCAUUGA